CCGUACUGUAUCCACGGCGCAUCAUAAGAGGUGAUCCAGCGGUACAUGAAAGUCUUGUGUGUAGUGUUAAUGCCUUCAGAAUCAGGCAAACAGCAACAAACUUUUGUUUUCUUUGUCUUUCUUUUUCCCUUUUGUCCAUCGAUUAUCAUCGUUAACGACCUCCAGGAGGAUCGUCAUUUCAACACCCCUGAUGCACUUUGCUACAUUACGUAGUCAAGAUCUUGUUCAUCAAUUUGAUACAUUGUUCCUCCAACAUCGGGCUCGCUCAGUAAUUCUACCGCCGACGUCAAGCUAUCGGUAAGCUCAGGUAGAUAGCUAUGGCACCUAUCAAUAUCCUGGCGCACCUUAAGACGCUCUACGCCAAAAGUUACGAUGAACCGGUCAUUUCGGCCCAGACGGCAGCUUUCUUUUCGAUCUGCCUAACAUUAGUCUAUGUGGUUCCAUUCUAUGUCACUUCUAGCACUCGACCAUCUCCCACCCUCAGCCGAGAUGCACCGUCCGUGAUCCGGGCUAGAAUUAAGGCUGUGACUCUGUCUUGCAUCGGGAGCACCGUUGCUGUCCUAUGGCUGAUCAUCGCCAAGGGCAAUGUCUCUCUGUUUGAGGCACUGAGGUUUCUUGGGUGGUGGCCCGUAGGAUUCGCGGAUGUUCUUCGCAGUUUGUUGCUAACCACCAUUUUGUUCGCCGGGCCCCUCUUCGAGCGAGGGAUUGCCGAAGGUGAGUGGAGAGAUUGGAUCAAAGGGAACAGGAUCUCCGAAACCCUUAGCGGGUGGAUUGGAUGGAGAAAUUACGUCGCUGGUCCGGUCACUGAAGAGGUCAUGUUUCGCUCCGCCAUCAUACCUCUUCAUAUACUCGCCAAGGUAUCUCCGGGGCACAUCGUGUUUACAGCCCCUCUAUAUUUCGGGAUUGCCCAUGUACAUCAUUUUUAUGAAUUUCGUCUAACUCACCCGGACACCUCCAUCCUAGCGGCGCUGCUCAGAUCGGUCUUUCAAUUUGGCUAUACCACUAUCUUUGGGUGGUAUGCAACUUUCAUCUAUCUGCGUACAGGAUCUCUACCAGCCGUCAUCCUCGCUCACACAUUCUGCAAUUGGUGCGGACUCCCUCGUCUUUGGGGAAGAGUAGAUGCCGGGGUCCCGCUUGGACCACCAUUAGCCAAAGGCAAAAACGAUACAGAUCGAGGGCUAGUUUACGCGUAUAACAAACUCAGCAUUGGCUGGACCAUCGCGUACUACGCAAUUCUCGUUGGAGGGGCCACUGGCUUCUAUUAUGCUCUAUGGCCUCUAACGGACUCUUCCAGCUCUUUGGUUGCAUUUGCAGGGCCGUAAGAAGAGAAGAUAUGGGGUCAUAGUCGGGUAAUGUAUGUGGCUAUGCGAUGUAAAUGUGACGAUCUGUAUAUGUAAUUUUUUAUUGAACUAUUCAAUAUCUCGAAGUCGUCAUGGCAAGCUUCAUGCGGCAUCAAGAUUUUUCUCUUCUCCUUCUGCCUUUUUGUGGCCCCAAAAGAUGGUUUCUAUAUAUUGUACCUCAUACACGUAAAUAUGUUGAUGUUGUUCGAGUCAUAUUUCAGACCACUUGAUUGAUA